GAUGAUGAACUACAGUCAAAGCUGAAAAAACUGUUCAAGCCAGUUAUUGCUAAUGCUGAACAAUAUGCUGAUUUAGGCUCCAGUCAACAGUGCGAACAUGCAAAUCGCGAAGUCACAUUGAGGGCACCAAAAUCUUUGCAUUAUGGAAAUUCAGAGUCCCUGGACUUUCGUGUUGCAGCAACAACAGCCUUUAUUAAUGAAGGACGAAGCUAUGUGUCUGAGGUAUAUAUUCAACAGAAACUGCUUUUUAUUGUUGUUUGUUUUGCAAAAAUGUGAUUCAACUUUGCUUUUGUUUUCUUUUGAUGCAUGCUUUUUCAUGUUUAUUUUUAAUGUUUUUGAAUUUAUGUUGGUUUUUCCUGUUUUUUGUAUUUGUAGACUUUCAAAGCAGGGUUACAGUUCCAGUGUUGUCAACAUGGCAGCAGGAAUUUUUCCCGGGACAUUUUCUGUAAAAUAUGCUGCUAAGCAAAUGAAGCGCAGAAAACGUGUACAACUAAAAUCCCAAUUACCCUCAACAAAAAGAAGACGUGUUACCCUGAAGCAGGAACGUGUAAUCGCACAGGGAGCCAAUGAAGUGUUAGAAGGGACCACUUAUGAGUCAGGUAUUGGGCAUACCACUAAUGUAGAUGUUGAGCAGUUACCUGAAGCAGUACCCCGUUGGAAAUUCGCGACUGUAUCAGCUGGCAAAGAAGCUACGGUUAUUACAUUUGACUUGGAGACAACAGACCUAAUACGUGGAGGAAAAAUGCCACAUAUCACACAGAUUGCAGCUUCAGAUAUGGAAACAGGAAAGGGAUUCUCAACCUAUGUACUUCCAAAAGUACCAAUCUCAACUACAGCUCAACAGGUUACUGGUAUCAUAGUUAAUAAUAGUGGUACAAUGACGGUCAAUGGGAAACAAGUUCAGCCUGAAACUGUUCAGUUUGCAGUUGACAAGUUUUGUUAAUGGCUCAGUGGGUUUCCCAAUGUAUUCCUUGUAGCGCACAAUGGAAGAAGAUUUGAUUUUCCUGUAUUUUCAUCUGCAUUGAUCAACAUCCAGUGUGAAGCACAAUUUUUCAACUGUGUAUCAGGUCUUAUUGA